GGUACACGAAUGAUUCCGACAAGGAUGGCAUAGCUAAACUUGAACAGAGAAUAAUGCAAUUUCGAGUGUAUGUAUAUUGGGCUAAAGGGCCCAAACGUAAGGCCCAAAUUAGAAGAGUGUUCCAGAGAAAAGGAAAAAUCUGAGAAAAGAUUGAGAGAGAGUCAGAAAAAGCUGUUGUCAAGAGAAGAAGGAAGAGAGGAGAUAAAAAGCCAAACAAAUGGCGUUCAAUAUCAUAACACCUGGUCGUGUUUAUUCAGCCACGUCUCUCACUUUCGUUUCCACCAUUAAAGCUGCUUUCGUUAAACCUCCUUUGGCCUCUCCGUCUCGUCGUAACCUCCUUCGUUUCUCAUCAUCUCCUUUGUCAUUUCCGUCGCUCCGUCGAGGUUUCCACGGUGGUCGUAUUGUGGCAAUGGGUUCUUCUGCUCCUGAAUCGGUCAAUAAGCCGGAAGAAGAGUGGCGUGCGAUUCUUUCUCCUGAACAAUUUAGGAUUCUCAGACAGAAAGGCACUGAAUAUCCAGGAACUGGAGAAUACAACAAAGUAUUCGACGAUGGCAUCUAUUGUUGUGCAGGAUGUGGAACUCCUCUCUACAAAUCCACCACCAAAUUCGACUCUGGUUGUGGCUGGCCAGCUUUCUUUGAUGGACUCCCCGGAGCUAUAACCCGAACCCCUGAUCCAGAUGGGAGACGAAUCGAGAUCACAUGUGCUGCUUGUGGAGGACAUCUUGGUCACGUUUUUAAAGGAGAAGGUUUCCCUACUCCUACCGAUGAGCGACACUGUGUAAACAGUAUCUCUCUCAAGUUCACACCAGAGAAUCCGACCCUGUAAUAAUAUGAUCACAGAAAAAAAGACGUGAUAAUAUAGGUGUGUUGUGUGAUGCUUCUGUCUCUCUCUCGUACUGUGUUUUUGUCUUUUUUCUGUGAGACUAAUGUUUACUUUUGAUGGUUAAUAAUAAGGUCGUUGAAUAAAGUCUCCAGACUUUUUGUAUCGUCAUGGCAGAUUUUUCUCAGGCUGGUAAAGUUAAUAGUGUUACUAGUUUGCAGAGAAAAAUAAAAUGAUUUAAGAAAUGACUCAAAGCACCUGGUGUCAACCAGAGUUUUGGCAUGGGUAUGCACCAAGAGGUCCAAGACCACCCCGAAAUAUUCGAAUUAUGGGUUGUCUUGCUUUUUAUAUCUCUCUAUUCUUUUGGCUUUGGAUGCAUCAUACUAUUGUAAAGCCAGUUGGAUGUUCUCUUAAACUCUCAUGUUGUGGAACAUAUUCUCCAUGGUCAUCGAAUGCGUCUUGUGCUUAAGAUAGCAUUUGAAGUCACAUGGAAAGCUUCAUUUAUAGAGCCCUUAGGUCGUGGAAGAUAACCUGCUGCUAUUCUACUUGUUCCGAUAAACUAUGCAAAUUUCGCCAUACAUAC